AGAGAGAGAGAGAGAGAGAGAGAGAGAGAGAGAGAGAGAGAGAGAGAGAGAGAGAGUGAAGGAAGCAACGAAAAUGGCAAACAGUGGUUUGAAGAAAAUGCUAAACUUAGCAAUCGGUGAAGGAUUGACUUCUGCACGAGCCAAUAUAUUCGGUCAUAUAUUGAACCCAACUGGCAAGAAAUCUGGUCACAAGGUUUGGCGUAUGAAAUUGUUUGGUCAAAAAGUUGCUGAAUGGUAUCCUCAUGAUAUCAACAAAGAUGAUCCUCUUGUUAUGGCUCGUCAACAACAAGAACGCUUAUCAAAGCUUGAAAUGUUGAAGCGUCGAGGAAAAGGGCCACCAAAGAAGGGACAAGGAAGGCGUGCUGCAAAGCGCAACAAAUAAAUUAUACUCUUGCCUGUAUGGAAUUUUUGUUGUUGGUAUAUUGUCAGAAAUGAAAGUAGUUGUUUCUGCAAACACCUUGAAUUUGAUUUAUUUUAUCAGAAUGAAUGAUUUCUUCUUGCCUUUUUCAUUUGAGAGUUGAAACCAUCAGGCUAAUUUGGUUGGAGAUUUUGAAAGGUUGAAUGCUAUCACAAGGUUAUAAAUAGCCUUUUUCAUAUUGAUUUUGUUAUUAAAGUCUUAAUGUAUGAAUUGUUUACUGUUU